CUACAAUUUACGUCAGCGUCACAGCGUCAACGUUUACGUAAAAGUCAUGACGCGUUUUAUCCGAAUUUGCGCGGGCUCUUAUGGCAGGCUGUCGUUCAGCGGCUGUCGGAUCACAGAAUUAUUAAUACAAAGGAAUAUUGGUGUUGUUUCACGUCUUUUGGAGAACCACAAACAUGUCGAAGCGAGAGGCUUUUCUAAAGUCCUGCUGUACGGAGAAUGUGGACGAUUUCCUCCGCUUUAUUCAGCUUCAUAGGAACAAGACGGAGCCCUUCGAUGUGGAGGAAGUUCUGCAGGAGAUGAACAGAGACCAGAGGCAGACGCUGUGGGGGAAACUGUCCUCUCUCCUCCAGGACGUCCUGCAGGAGGAAAGGAGAGAGGAAGGGAGUGAGGAAAGGAGAGAGGAGGCCAUGGAGGUGGAGGCAGCUGCAGACCCUAGUCACGUGAGGUCUGUAGUGGACGGUGUGACUCUGGUGGCUGCUGAGUCCCUAAAGGUCCUGCAGGACGGAGAAACCUACAGUUCUCUUCUGGAAAUCAUCCACAGGCUGCAUGAUCUGUUGGAGCUGCAGCCGGUCUCCGAGGCUCCGCUGCAGCUCCAGAUCCUCAGACUGUGUGACGCCUGGUGGAAGAAAGAUCUGAAGGAGAAGGAAACGUUCGGUCGCAGCGCUAUGAUCAUCGCUCUGACGAAGAGCUUCGACCUGAAGAAACCGGGCACAGAGAUCCAGAGAGUGUGGAGUCUCCGGGAGGUUCUCCUGGGUCUGGACUACACGUCAGAAGACAACAAGCAGAUGAUGGAUCUGCUGCUGAAGUGCUUCCAGCGCCCGGCUUUCCUCAGGAACGACGACGUGAGUUCCCUUUCUGUUCCUGUGUCCUCAGUGCUUUGUCUUUGGGCCUAACGGUGUGUGUGUGUCCUCAGUGCUUUGUCUUUGGGCCUAACGGUGUGUGUGUCCUCAGUGCUUUGUCUUUGGGCCUAACGGUGUGUGUGUGUCCUCAGUGCUUUGUC